AAAGCUGUCGAGAGCACACCAUACGAACUAUGGCGUGGGAGAAAACCGAGUUUCUCGUACUUUAAGAUUUGGGGUUGUGAAGCUUAUGUAAAACGUCUCAUGACGUCUAGUAAGUUGGAGCCUAAAUCUGAUAAAGUAAUUUUUGUGGGAUACCCCAAGGAAACUAGAGGGUAUGAGUUCUAUCAUCCAUCCGAUAACAAAAUUUUCGUUGCUCGGAAUGGAACCUUCCUUGAGAAGGAGUUUCUUUCUGCUAUCACUAGUGGGAGAAAGGUAGACCUUGAAGAAAUUCGAAAACCACAAGAAGAAGUCCCGAUAGUGUUGGAACAUGAGCAAAGAGAUCAACCAAUCGAACCUCAAAUUGCUCAAGAUAUACCACGUAGGUCAGACCGGAUACGUAAUCCUCUGGUUAGAUAUGGAUUUCUCAUGUCUGAUGAAGGGGACGUCUUGUUGAUCAAGAAAGUUAAUAGGUCUGAAUCAAAGUACAUAUAUAGAUAAAAUCCUUGAUCGAUUUAGCAUGUCUAACUCAAAGAAAGGAUCUUUACCUAUGACACCUGGCACGGUUCUUUCCAAGAGCCAGAGUCCUUCUACUCCCGAGCAGAAGGAACUCAUGAUGAAGGUUCC